AUGAGUACCGAUUUUGAUAGAAUUUAUUUGAACCAGUCCAAAUUCAGUGGUAGAUUCCGUAUUGCUGACUCUGGGUUAGGAUGGAAAGUUAGCACUAGCGGAGGUUCCGCAGCCAACCAAGCAAGAAAACCAUUCCUAUUACCAGCCACAGAAUUGUCUACCAUCCAAUGGAGCAGGGGCUGUAGAGGCUACGAACUGAAGAUAAGUACGAAAAAUCAAGGUGUUAUUCAACUAGAUGGGUUCUCUCAGGAUGAUUAUAACCUGAUCAAGAACGACUUUCACCGUCGUUUCAAUAUUCAAGUCGAGCAAAGGGAACAUUCAUUGCGUGGUUGGAAUUGGGGUAAGACUGAUUUGGCUAGAAAUGAAAUGGUCUUUGCCUUAAAUGGGAAACCAACUUUUGAAAUUCCUUACGCCAGAAUAAAUAAUACAAACUUGACUUCUAAGAACGAAGUGGGGAUAGAGUUCAAUAUCCAGGAUGAAGAGUAUCAACCGGCUGGUGAUGAACUGGUGGAGAUGAGAUUCUACGUUCCAGGUGUAAUUCAAACAAACGUAGACGAAAAUAUGACCAAAAAGGAAGAUCCAAGCGAUGGAGUCAUGCCCAAGAAAGAGGAUGGUGACGAAGGAGAAGACGCGGAAAAAGCAGUGGAGGAGAAAAGCAUGGCUGAAGCGUUUUACGAAGAGUUAAAGGAGAAGGCCGAUAUUGGCGAAGUCGCUGGUGACGCAAUUGUCUCAUUCCAAGAUGUCUUUUUCACCACUCCAAGAGGCCGUUACGAUAUUGAUAUCUACAAACACUCUAUCAGGCUUAGAGGUAAAACUUAUGAAUAUAAGUUACAGCAUCGUCAAAUCCAAAGAAUCGUUUCAUUACCAAAAGCAGACGACAUUCAUCACUUGCUAGUCUUGGCCAUUGAACCGCCUUUACGUCAAGGUCAAACCACUUACCCCUUUCUUGUUUUACAAUUUCAAAAGGACGAGGAAACUGAAGUUCAAUUAAAUUUGGAAGAUGAAGAUUAUGAAGAAAACUACAAAGAUAAAUUAAAGAAGCAGUAUGAUGCCAAAACUCAUAUAGUAAUAAGUCAUGUACUUAAGGGUUUGACUGAUCGUAGGGUUAUCGUUCCUGGAGAGUACAAAUCUAAGUAUGACCAGUGUGCUGUUUCAUGUUCCUUUAAGGCGAACGAAGGUUAUUUAUACCCAUUGGAUAACGCGUUCUUCUUCCUAACCAAACCAACAUUGUACAUACCAUUCAGUGAUGUAAGUAUGGUUAAUAUCUCAAGAGCAGGACAAACCUCUACAUCGUCAAGGACAUUUGAUUUGGAAGUAGUAUUGCGCUCGAACAGGGGUUCCACAACUUUUGCCAACAUUAGCAAGGAAGAGCAACAAUUAUUGGAGCAUUUUCUAAAGUCUAAGAAUUUGAGAGUGAAGAAUGAAGACAGAGACGUGCAAGAAAGACUACAAACCGCCUUGGGUUCAGACAGUGACGAGGAAGAUAUUAAUAUGGGAUCCGCUGGUGAAGACGACGAAUCUGUAGAUGAAGAUUUCCAAGCCAGCUCCGAUAAUGACGGUGAAGAAGUUGCGGAAGAGUUCGAUUCAGAUGCAGCAUUAAGUGAUGCAGAAGAAGGUAGUGACAAUGAUGAAGAAAGACCUUCCAAAAAGCCUAAAGUAGAGUAG